CUCUUUGAAGCGAGCCUUGGAAGUUCUAGUCACUCGCUCUUUUUAUUCUAUUCUAGGACUAUACUUUCCUUUGCUCUACAUAGUCUCACCUGUAUCAUUUUAAAAAAUAAUUUCUCGACAACAGAGGUAGUCUUCUCCUUGCCAGCCUAUCAAUCAAGCUGCUUGGUUAAUCAUGUCUCUCUUCCGACCUCGUCUCGUCUCAGCCUGGCUGAUAAUGACGGCGGGUCUCGUUUUCGGUCAGAACACCACCAAUACGACCACCGUCAACAACCUCGCCUUCGUCGACCCCCUGAUCGGAACCAGUAACGGUGGCAAUGUCUUCCCAGGUGCCUCUCUGCCCUACGGUAUGGCUAAGGCAGUCGCAGACACCAACUCGGGCAGCAACCAGGGCGGCUUCACCCUCGACGGCUCCAACGUAACGGGCUUUUCCCUUAUGCACGACUCCGGCACGGGAGGUGACCCUUCGCUUGGAAAUUUUGCCCUGUUUUCCUACAGCAGCUGCCCUGGUGGGGACAUCGACCGAUGUGUGUUUCCCAAGAUCUCUCGCGCCGAGUUUGGUAGUUUCAACAACGACACGGUCGUCGCCGAGCCAGGCUACUUCAGCAUCACCCUCGACUCGGGCAUCCAGACAGAAAUGUCCACGACGCAGCACGCCUCUUUAUUCAAGUUCACCUUCCCUUCCACCACCACUACUACUACAAGUGGCAACGAUACUUCCGACGAGCAGCACCCAAUAAUCUUCCAGGACCUCACCGACCUGUCCGACUCGCGUCAGGACAACGGAAGCAUAGCCGUGGACCCCACCACAGGACGCAUCACAGGCAGCGCCCGCUUCGUCCCCAGCUUUGCCCAGGGCACCUACGUGCUUUACUUCUGCACCGACUUCUCCGGCGCCGACAUUUUCGACAACGGCAUCUACUCCAACAGCCGCGCCAGCACCGACGUCAAGAACUUCACCAUCUCGCGGUCCAUCAACGGGUAUCCUCUGCCGGGCGGCGCCUUUGUGCGGUUUGCCAGCGCCAGCGAGCCCAUCUAUGCGCGGUCGGCCACGAGCUUCAUCAGCUCUGCGCAGGCAUGCGCGCAUGCCGAGGCUGAGAUUCCGGACUUUGAUCUGGAUACGGUCAAGACGAGCGCGCAGGCCAUCUGGGAGGAAAAGCUGAGCGCCUUUUCGGUCGACUCCACGGGUGUGGAUGCGUCGUUUGUGACCAACUUCUUUAGUGGUGUCUACAGGACGAUGAUUAAUCCUCAGAAUUACACGGGCGAGAAUCCGCUCUGGUCGAGCAAUGAGCCUUAUUUUGACUCGUUCUAUUGGUACGGUGGAUCAAAUGCCGACAAUAUCUUGGCCGACGGGUAUCUGAAGGGCCUGUCCACUGGUAUUGAUUGGGAUCUUGGCUACGCAGCCGUUGUAAAUGACGCAGAAAAUGAGCCCUUUGAUUGGUGCUGUGAGGGUCGCGGCGGCCUCGACUCGUGGAAGGCCCUCGACUACAUCCCCGUGCAGGACUUUGACUACAAGGGCUUCGGCACCAUGACCCGCAGCAUCUCGCGCACGCUUGAGUACAGCUAUAACGACUACUGCAUCUCCCAGAUCGCUGCCGGCCUCAACAACACGGCUGACCAGGAGAAGUACAUCGCGUCCAGCGGCAACUGGGAGAACCUUUACAAGUCGGACCAGACCUCGUUGUUCGCCAACGGCACCGAUACAGGCUAUACGGGGUUCUUUCAGCCCAAGUUCCUGAACGAGACCUGGGGAUUCCAGGAUCCUCUGCAGUGCAGCAAUAUUGAUACUUCAGGGGCAGCCUGCUCACUGCAAAAUACCGGCCGGGAGACCUUUGAGAGCAGCAUCUGGGAGUACAGCUUCUUCGUCCCUCACAACCAAGCUGAGCUCAUCACGCUCUUCGGCGGCCCCGAUGCCUUUGUCAGCCGUCUCAACUUCCUUCAUGACCAGGACAUCACCUACAUUGGCAACGAGCCCGCCUUCCUCACCGUCUUCCAGUACCACUACGCAGGACGACCAGGCCUGUCCGCCCAGCGCAGCCACUUCUACAUCCCGGCCUACUUCGAGCCCACCCCCUCUGGCCUCCCAGGAAACGACGACAGCGGCGCCAUGGGCAGCUUCCUGUCCUUCAGCAUGCUGGGCCUGUUCCCCAACCCAGGCCAGGACGUCUAUCUCAUCAACCCGCCGUAUUUCCCCAGCGUGAACAUCACACACCCCUUGACGGGCAAGACUGCCACUAUCCGCAACGUCAACUUUGACCCGACGUAUGAGGCCAUCUAUAUCCAGUCCGCUACCCUCGACGGGGAGCCGUACACCAAGAACUGGAUCGACCACAGCUUCUUCACCGAGGGGAAAGAGCUUGUGCUCACCCUGGGUCUGAACGAGAGCUCGUGGGGAACGCAGGUCGCCGAUCUGCCGCCCAGCCUCAGCGCGUACACGGGAUUCAACAGCACCGUGGCGAGGAGAAUGGCUGGGGGGUCUGGCCAGGGGGCUGGUUUUAGGUCGUACAGAAGCAACUUUGAUAUGUAUCAUCCCGGCUUCGGUAAGCUGUAAUUAAUAGUAACGAGGGAAGGGGGGCAGACAGCAUGCUGCAUAUACAGAGGCUGCGUUGCAUUAGGUGGAUAGCUUCUUGAGACAUAAUCAAAAAGGCACUGAUCC